UUUUCAAAUUCGAAUACCUUUCGUUCGGACUGUUUUGUUUUCGAACAUCUUUCAUUCGAAUCAAACCAAACGUCAAACCCACUUUGUUUAUGAAGGAGUGAAUAAUUUCCGCAGCGGAUGAGCGGUGAACUGCAAAAAUGGAAAAAAACAAAAACAAAACAACCACUAAAAAUCAGUUCGAGCGGAUUGUGCUGCUUCUGGAGCAAGAGCCGGACAUAGCAAAGGGUUUCUCCCGAGGAAAUUCCGGACCCUUCUGGGAUGAUCUGGCGGCAGAAGUCAAUAGUUUGGGACCGCCUAUUCGCGAUGGAAGUGGAUGGAAAAAGGUUUGGGCGGACUAUAAGUCCGGAUUAAAGCGAAAACUCGCUCACAACAAACGGGAGCAGAGGGCGACAGGUGGAGGACCCAAUAAAAUUAUCAAUUUGUCCGAGCUGGAGGAGCAGGCAGUUCUACUAACUGGGUUACUUGCGACCGUGGAAGGAAUCCCGGGUACCUCAUCUCAUGGAACACAGUUGGGUUCGCCUUCGGGUGAACCUCAAGCUGCAGACCAGGAAAAUUUUAUAUAUUAUGGUACUUCCGACGAGUGUGACGGUAUCAAUAAUACCAUUCACUUCCAGCCCUCUCAGCCGAAAAAAUCCAGACCUUCUACCACGAGGCUAUUAGAGCUGCAAGUCGAGCAACAAAACAAAUUUCACACCAAUGUGAAAUCCCUGUUAAAAAACACAAACAAGAAUUUGAGUGAUCUGGUUCAUUAUCAGCGCCAAUCAGCUCGAGCGAUUCUUUCCGUGGAUGCCACACUCAAAGAACAUCUGAGUGAACAAAAACGACAUAACCACGAGAUGGAGAAGAUCGCGCUGGAGAAAUCAAUAGCGACAAAUCCUUGAAACGCAGAUUGCGUAUAUUUCAGAACAUUAGAAUAAUGUUUCAAAAUAUCAGUGAUCUGAUUUUUUAUCUUUAUAUUGUAACUCAAGUAUAAAAAAAUGAAAAAAGUUCUAAUCGUAUUUUUAUAUCUUUCCAUGGAAGAAAAAUCUUACUUAAUUUUUUCUUUGAAGUUUGUUUGGAAUAGCAUCAAAAUUAUAUAAACUUUUUUAAAAUUCACGAAUUUCGCCUAUAGUUUAUGGAACUUCCUUAACCCCUUCACGUACAACAUUGAACUUCACUCGUUGUUUCUCGAUGUGAAAUAAUUACAUAGCUUCAGGCAUAUGAUGAGGAUACCGACAACUGAAGAUUAUCAAAUUUCCGUUAUUUAAAAAAAAAAAUUGAAUGAGCUAAAAAUAUAAAAUAUAAUUUGAAUAUUAUAAUUAAAAUAAAAACGAACGAGUUAGUACGUAGUAAUAACUCCUUCGUUUUUAUUUUAAACACAACAUGUAUUUGCUCAUCAUAGGGCACCCAUGUUAGAUACCCACACUCAGCAGAGUAGCGGAACGACUCGAAGUGCUCGUUUUGGGCCGUGCUGUUGGAAAUUAAAUCGUACAGCAAGGGGUUAAAACAACGCAAAAAGUAUUAACAAUGGUUAUUUGAAUACUUGGCCUGCUUACGAGAAAUCGAUAAUGACAUGUUCUCAAAGUG